GGGUUACGAAGUCCAUUUUAUUCAUAUUUUCCUUGCUAUCUUAUGCUUGUCGGCCUUUUCUCAUUGUCACACCUUGUACUUCUCUUUCCUUAUGGGAGACUGAGUUUAAUCGCUUGGCACCUUCUAUCAAUCUUGUUGUCUAUAAUGGGAGCAAGGAUGUCCGGAAGAUGAUUCAAUCUCUUGAAUUUUAUCAGGGAGGUGGUUGCAUAAUGUUUCAAGUGCUCUUGUCACACCCUGAUGCUAUACUUGAGGAUUUUGAAACACUAGAAUGCAUUGCCUGGGAAGCUCUCCUUGUUGAUGAGUGCCAAAAUUCUAGAGUGUUUAAGCAUUUGGAACUGCUUAAGCGUCUUUCAUCUUCCUUCAGGCUGCUUCUUUUAAGUGGUCAUUUGAAGGACAAUAUUGCUGAAUACCUCAACCUGCUCUUGUUCCUUGAUCUAGGGACUGAUGGGAAUUUGGGAUGCAUUAUGAAGUCUGAUUCUGUUGGUGUUGUUGGCACACUUGCUUUAUUGAAAGAGAGAUUGUCACAAAAUCUUGCUUAUGACCGUAAACCAGAUUCCUCUAAGUUUUUGGAGUACUGGGUUCCUGUUCAGCUUUCUAAUGUGCAGCUGGAACAAUAUUGUGCUACUCUGAUUUCAAAUGCCAUACCUCUUUGUUCAUGUUCAAAAAUUGAUCUAGUUGGAGCCCUUGGUAACAUUCUUAUAUCAACCAGAAAGUGCUGUGACCAUCCUUACCUCGUUGAUGAAUCUUUGCAAAGCUCACUUACCAGAGGUCUUCCAGUGACUGAAUAUUUAGAUAUUGGGGUAAAUGCAAGUGGCAAGCUACUAGUACUUGACAAGAUUCUCCAAAUGAUACAAAAUCAAGGAUUGAGAGUGCUGAUUCUUUUUCAGUCAACUGGCAGAGCUGGAAAGACUUCAAUUGGUGAUAUUUUGGAUGACUUUCUUCGUCAAAGAUUCGGUGGUGAUUCCUAUGAGCGUAUUGAUCGUGGAAUAGCAAUGUCAAAGAAACUGGCUGCACUGAACAUGUUUAAUGACAAGGAGAGAGGAAGAUUUGUCUUUUUAAUUGAAAAUCGUGCAUGCUUACCAAGCAUCAAACUUGCAUGCAUUGACGCUAUUAUAAUUUAUGAUAGUGAUUGGAAUCCAUUGAAUGAUCUACGUGCGCUUCAGAAGAUAACUAUUGAAUCACAGCGUGAUUAUGUAGCUGUUUUUCGUCUAUAUUCAUCCUUUACAAUAGAGGAAAAACUUUUAAUUCUUGCAAAGCAGGAUAUGAUACUUGACAACAAUAUGGAUAACGUAAGCCCUAGUGUCUGCCAUUCGCUCCUUAGUUGGGGUGCCUCAUGCCUCUUUCACCGACUAGAAAAGUUCCAUCAACUUCAAUCCUUGGAUAAUUAUUCUCCAAAUUCCUCUGAUAAAAUGCUUCUGCUUAAUGAUGUGCUGGAAAUAUUAACAAAAAUACCAGCCUAUAUUCCUAGCAAAUGUUCAAUUUUGGUAAAGGUCCAGCAGAGUGGAGCAUCCUAUUCAAGAAAUAUAGUUUUGGCUGGUGAGCAAGGAGCCUCCUCAUUCGAUAAAGAUCUGUGCAGUUUCUGGUCAAAUUUAUUGGAAGGAAGACAUCCUCAAUGGCGAUACAUUUCUAAGCCAUCUCAUAGUCAGAGAAGUCGUAGAAAGGUUCACAAUAUGGACAAACUUGUAAUGCCACCUGAAUCAGAAAAUGAAGAAGCAGAGAAAAAGCGGAGGAAGGUAGUUAGCAGCAAUACUGUUGAUCCACUAUAUUCGGAAUGUUCAUUUCAAGGAAGACAAGAUGAAGGCAAUAGCAAUUUGUUGUCUGGAAAUCAUGAUCAGCCAUCUCUUAGUUUCAUGACUAAAGCAGCUUUCAUGUCAAGUAGCUUGCAGACAGAGACUGAAGCACAACUAACAUGUCAAGGAAAGGAUGUAUCACAUGUGUCUCCAAUGUCUGAUGGUACUUCUGAUGUAAAUAAGCCUCAUGAGGUUGAUUUAAACGGGAGAGAGAAAUUAAGUUCCUCUCAAAGGAACCUUCAUCUUUCGUUGAAGCCAAAGUUAUCAAAGCUCUGUGAGGUAUUGAAACUUCCGGAGAAUGUCAAGGAUAUGGCUCAAGUGUUUCUGGAGUAUAUAAUGAAUAAUUAUCAUGUUAGUCCAGAACCAAAAAUGAUAUUGCAGGCCUUCAAGAUAUCACUGUGUUGGCGAGCUGCUUCUUUCUUAAAGCAUAAGAUUGAUCACGAGGAAUCACUUGCACUUGCAAAGAAGUAUUUGAAGUUCGCAUGCAAUGAAGAGCAGGCUUCUAAUGUUUAUUCUAAAUUAAGGAUACUAAAGAAGAAAUUUUUAGAUCGAGACAAUGUUAUUAUUAGCAAACAUGAGCCCAGUUUAUUAGAGCCUGGGUCAUCAGUGUCAGGAAAAUAUCUUACUGGAGAACUUGCCUUGGAGAUGACUUCAAAUUCUACAGGAUUUAGUCUUCAUGAAUUUGAGAAAUGUGGACUUCAACAGAGUCCUCAAAGCCACAGUGUUCUUGAGCAACCAAUGUUGCAGGAGCAGGAGCAAGUCCCUGUUCUUGAAACUUCUGCAGAUCUGCAUGAGAACCUUGGUUCUCUGAAGGCCAAACUGCUAAAAAAACAAACUGAUUUGAUUCACAAUAUUUGUUUGAGAAGGGAAGAAGAUCUCCUCCUCAAGCAACAAGAAGAAAUUUCAGAAUUCCGUGUGUGCAAGGAAAAGUUGGAGUUGAAUUUGAAAAGAGCACAUCAUGAACAUUUGGGACAUAUUCUUGAUUUGGUUAUGGAUUCAGCUGACAAAAAUGACAAGAUUAGAAUGUUCAAAGUAGAGUUUGCAAAAAAAAAGGGUGGAUUUGGGAAACACAUGGAUUGCCAAUUUUUUAAACUUAAAGGCAUGCAGUCCGUUGCAAGGGAUAAGGAGCUACAGAUAAAGAAUCACUGGUUUGAAGAAGCUAAGGCUGGUAAACUAACAGAGACUUUUGAUAGCAUUCCUUUGUCAGAGUCUGGAUUCAGGUUGGAGGAAUUCAGAGGAGAUCAAGAUGAUGUUCAUGAUGGUCUAGGGAACAGAAUAUAUGACUCCAGGACAUCUGUGCCAUUUCAAAAUAAGCAUACUGUUGGGUCAAUCACUGUGGGUCACUUGGUAACUAGUGGGUUGAGUUCCAAAAGCUCUGGAGGAUCUGCAGUUUUGUCUCCUAUAGGAGCUGGAUGCCUGCCAAGUCAAAUUGAUACAUCCACUUGUCAAUCCAGUGGUUUGAAUGAAACUGAAGUUUAUGGACCAAGAGGGAUGCAUUUGGAAGUUCCAUCAACUAUUCCACCUCCGGAGAUGGUUGUCAUGCCCAUGGAAACUGAAACUCUUGCUUCUGAGAUUCCUACAGGUAAGGUUGAUGAUAUGCCUAUCAACUCUGGAACUGCAGCAACUGUUGAAACUGAGAAGCAAAGGGAUGCAGAAAAUUCUGAUAUGUCAUGCUCGAUAACUUGUCCAUUGGAAAGCAUUCGACAAGGCAGAAGUACAGAUAAUGGUGAGGUUGCAUGCUCAGCAACAUUUUUUCCACAAAAUCUGGUAGACUCUCCUUCCUUCAUACAUGAAGUAACAAGUACUGGUUGUGAAAGUGGUGUUUCAUCAAGUCAGGAACCUUGCUUCAAUGGGCAUGAAAGACCUGAAGACUCUGCUGGUCUGGAUGUCCAAGAUUGUGGCUUUCCCCAAGAAAUUCCUGCAUUAAAUUCAGCUGAUUUUGGCACCUUACAAGUCAAUCCGACCAAUCAUAACAUGAUUGUCUUGGAAUUGUUCCUUGAUCCAUUGGCUGUCUGUACUGGAGCAUCCUUGGUUGCACAGAAUCAAGGAAGUGUAGUUUCAUCUCAAAUUGGAGAAGAGCCUUUUGAUCAGAUUCAGCAAUCUUCCCAACAAAAUGAUGUGCCACUGCAGGUGCCAGUUGUAUUAUCAUCUUUGCUGGUUGGACAGUCUAAUCCUCUCGUCCCCCAGUUUAUUGAGAAUUCAGUGUUACCAAAUUCAGAAAGGAGAUUGCAAGGAAAUAUCAGUGAAGAUUUAACAUGCACUUUUACUCAACCAGAAUCAGUCCAUUAUCCCCUCUUUCCAUUUGCACAGUUGAUGCCAACUCAAGGGCUUCAUCCUGAGCCAUUGAAAAAUGAACUGACUAGAAUACGAAUACAUGAGGAUAUAAUUUCUAAGAUGCAUGAUGAUAAGAAAUCAAAACUUAAACUAGAGUGUGACAAGGAGUUAGAUCAGGUAAGGAGAAGAUACGAUGUGUUACUUCAGGAUGAGGAGUCGCAGUUUCGUCAGAACAAAGAGAUUCUUGAAACCAUUUACAACAAAGUUUUCAUGAAUCAAGUUAUAGCUGAAGAGUUCAGGGCCAAAUUUAUUGAUAACAAGGGAAGAGCUUCUUCGUCUUCGCAAGCUCAGCGAACAAUGCAGCAGUUACUUCAGUCAUCCCAAACUCAGUUUUUCCAGAGAUCUGUGUCACCGUCAACCUCUGUCCCUACUGCACUGUCUACUGUACUGCCUGCUGUAGCCCCAACCUCACUUGUGUCGGUCAGGCUUCGAGCCUCAUCCAUUUCUUCUGGACAGAUAGCCCGCCUGAUCACUCCAGUCUACUCAAGUAAUUCAGUUAGACCUCACUUCAGCCCGAUGCUUCCAUCCCUGGCAAACCUUCAAAUUGGAAGUGAAACCCGUGCGCCUGCUCCACAUCUGCAUCGAUUCAGAACUAACACAUCCAUGCCCUCUCAGAAUCUAGUUUGUACAAAUGGGAUAACCAGUCAGCAGCACUAUCUUGUGAAUGUAGGUUCAGCUACCAUGGAACAAGUUGCAUCUGUCCCUACGAGCAGAAGGUCAUCUGUUUCAAAUACUCUAUCUGUUUGUCGGGGUUCCUCCCCAUCUGAUGUUGAGUUUCAUGUGGAUACUGAGGACUCCGGACGAGCUAACCAGCCUAACUCGUCCCAGUUAGCUGACUUUACACCAAAAUUCAAUAGUUGGUCCUCAACUAAUCGUACUUCAACAACUUGCGGAUUGUCUCAGUCACGUUGAUGUUGUCAGGUUGCCUUUUAACUCAGAGGUAGUC